AUCCCGCCAUGAGUUUUAAACGGACUGUUCCUUCUCUGCCGAGGAGAGUCGGAGUGGAGCGUGGAAGCAUCCCAGCUCCAGUACGGGAUAAACCACACGACCGUCCGGACCAGCUACCAACACCCCGACACACAGAUACAGGCAGGAGACACAGAGGAAGAAGAUGAUGAUGAUGAUGCAGUCGGGCCUGGAUGACGUGACUAAGCGGAGGAUGCUGCAGGCUAAUGCUCUGUGUAAGGAGGCCAGGGGAGGGGGUCUGAACCUCGGGAAGAAGAUCAGCGUUCCAAAGGACGUGAUGAUGGAGGAGCUCAACCUCCCGUCUAACCGAGGCUCUCGCAUGUUUCAGGAGAGACAGAAGAGGGCGGAGAGGUACACACUGGAGAACGCUGCCAACGCGGUUUACAACAACAGCAACACUGUCUACUCAGAGGCCGCUCCUCCCCCACAGAUCAUCUCAGAGCCACAGGGAGGAAAAGAGAACCAGGCUUUCUGCAUCCCCGGUAAGCACAGCCUGGUCAUGAACCUUCAGAAGACUGUAGCAAAGAAGGGCAGUCCCGACGUCAUCGCUCCAGGAUAUUCUGGCCCUCUGAAGGAAAUUCCUCAUGAGAAGUUCAACACAACGGUAAUCCCCAAAUCCUACGCAUCCCCAUGGAGCCAAGCUUUGGGAGACAACACAGAGCUCCUGAACGACCUCAAUACCCAGCUACCCCAGCUCCCGCAGGGACUCCAGCCCUCCAACUACAGGUGCUUCAACAGAUCGGCCCUGCCGUUCGGGGGUGCUAUGGCCUCCAAGAGGGUGAUCCCAACGAUUGGCUUUGAGGCGGUGGAAUCCCAGAAGCUCCCUGGCAUCGCUCUGGAACGCAUGGUCCAACGGCCCAACUUCAACAGAGCACCCAGGGGAUGGGGAACUGAUUACCUGCCUGAAUCUAAUGAACUAUGAGAAGUGGGCUGACCAGCUAAAGACUGAACUGACCUAUGCUUGCUGCUCUCUUCCUACAAAAGAUGAUCCCUCUGUUAAUCAGUAGGCGUUGCAGGAGAGAGAAAACACACUCCUGCAUGAUAUAUAAAGUGGUUUGCUACUGCUGAGUGGUUUGACCAGACCGCUGGAAUCACUUCAUUACCACAGUAGAGUCACCAGACAAUGCUGCCACAAGGUGAACAGCUCUACCUACGUUUCCCCUUUGUUAUCCUUAGCCGUAUCUGAUCCCAUCAAUGUCAAUACCAGACACCCUUCUGUCCCCACUCCCAGUCUCCAUCUGAUAACUUUCACACUGGGACUUUUACAUCUUUAUCUCCUCAUGUUGUGUGAGAGCACUAGUAGGAGAUUAACUCUGCCCUUUCACAACAGCUAAAACAACACAAUGAAAGAAAGAUGCACUCAGAUGAACGGUGACAAAAUUGCGUCAUUUUAAUGACAAGUGAAAAUAACAUUCAAAGGAAGCGUUACAAUAAACAAAGUCAUUAUGCUGUGGAAUAUUCAGAUUGUGUCAAAUAAAAAAA